AUGGGAGGAGGUGUGGACCAGUCAGACGCUCUGAUAGGCUACAACAAGAGCACGGGAGGAGGUGUGGACCAGUCAGACGCUCUGAUAGGCUACAACAAGAGCACGGGAGGAGGUGUGGACCAGUCAGACGCUCUGAUAGGCUACAACAAGAGCAUGGGAGGAGGUGUGGACCAGUCAGACGCUCUGAUAGGCUACAACAAGAGCAUGGGAGGAGGUGUGGACCAGUCAGACGCUCUGAUAGGCUACAACAAGAGCAUGGGAGGAGGUGUGGACCAGUCAGACGCUCUGAUAGGCUACAACAAGAGCAUGGGAGGAGGUGUGGACCUGUCAGACGCUCUGAUAGGCUACAACAAGAGCAUGGGAGGAGGUGUGGACCAGUCAGACGCUCUGAUAGGCUACAACAAGAGCAUGGGAGGAGGUGUGGACCUGUCAGACGCUCUGAUAGGCUACAACAAGAGCAUGGGAGGAGGUGUGGACCAGUCAGACGCUCUGAUAGGCUACAACAAGAGCAUGGGAGGAGGUGUGGACCAGUCAGACGCUCUGAUAGGCUACAACAAUGUUCUCCACAAGACAAUGAAAUGGUGCAGGACAUUGUUCUAUCACUACAGGACAUUGUUCUAUCACUUCAUUGACAUGGCUGUGGUGAAUGCAUUCGUCCUUCAUGAGGAAAUGGCUAAGAGCUGUGGACAGACCUCCAUGACACCUCUGGCCUUCAGAGAGCAGCUCAUCCGGGAGCCACUGCAGCACCUUCUGUCCGCUCUACUCCUGUCCCCUCUACUCCUGUCCCCUCUACUCCUGUCCCCUCUACUCCUGUCUCCUCUACUCCUGUCCGCUCUACUCCUGUCCCCUCUACUCCUGUCCCCUCUACUCCUGUCCCCUCUACUCCUGUCCCCUCUACUCCUGUCCCUCUACUCCUGUCCCCUCUACUCCUGUCCCCUCUACUCCUGUCCGCUCUACUCCUGUCCGCUCUACUCCUGUCCCCUCUACUCCUGUCCGCUCUACUCCUGUCCCCUCUACUCCUGUCCCCUCUACUCCUGUCCCCUCUACUCCUGUCCGCUCUACUCCUGUCCCCUCUACUCCUGUCCGCUCUACUCCUGUCCGCUCUACUCCUGUCCGCUCUACUCCUGUCCCCUCUACUCCUGUCCCCUCUACUCCUGUCCCCUCUACUCCUGUCCGCUCUACUCCUGUCCCCUCUACUCCUGUCCCCUCUACUCCUGUCCGCUCUACUCCUGUCCCCUCUACUCCUGUCCGCUCUACUCCUGUCCCCUCUACUCCUGUCCCCUCUACUCCUGUCCCCUCUACUCCUGUCUGCUCUACUCCUGUCCCCUCUACUCCUGUCCCCUCUACUCCUGUCCCCUCUACUCCUGUCCCCUCUACUCCUGUCCGCUCUACUCCUGUCCCCUCUACUCCUGUCCCCUCUACUCCUGUCCGCUCUACUCCUGUCCCCUCUACUCCUGUCCCCUCUACUCCUGUCCCCUCUACUCCUGUCCCCUCUACUCCUGUCCCCUCUACUCCUGUCCCCUCUACUCCUGUCCCCUCUACUCCUGUCCCCUCUACUCCUGUCCCCUCUACUCCUGUCCCCUCUACUCCUGUCCCCUCUACUCCUGUCCCCUCUACUCCUGUCCCCUCUACUCCUGUCCGCUCUACUCCUGUCCCCUCUACUCCUGUCCCCUCUACUCCUGUCCCCUCUACUCCUGUCCCCUCUACUCCUGUCACCAGUGGUGUUCACCUGCCACAGGAAAUCUCCCAUCGCCUGCACUAUUUGUGCUGUUACCCUCUGUUUGACAGCAGAAAGAGACUCUGCUAUGGGACUUGGCAUCAGCAGCACAGUCCUGUGUAGAUGACUGUGGGUUUAAAAAUCCCAAUAAAUGUAAUUGUUUUUUUUUUUCCUUCUCACUUUGUGGUGCGUUUAUGACAUUGGGUCAGUGUUGGCUGCUAACUUGGCCCUUAUCUUAAAUAGUUCUUCUGUGUUGGGAGGCGUUGGAUCAGUGUUCUCGUCUCAUGCUAGUACCUUUUACGUAGAGAAGCUAAUGAUCCAUCAUGUUUGACAUUCCUGGGUGUGUGUCAACGUAGUUUAUGUUUUUAUUGCCAUAGCAUUUUAGUAUGUUCUCUAUAGUCAUUAACUUUUGGGCAAACUCGUGAAGGACACCUGGGAAAACUUCAUACUAAAAUAUGAUGGAGCGCUCUCAUUCUUCAAUGUAUCAGUCGGACACUGUGAACACACACUGCUGCCAUGUUGUGGCCAACAGCUAAAUGAUCCUGUCAGCUUCCUGUUUCAAUGUAAAAGGCCUUUUGCAUUUCAACGAUGAUCAAAUAAAAAUA